UCCAAUAGCUGCGACGUAUACUGCUUACAAUACGUUUCCUCAUACAACGCACCGUGCAGGUCUGUACUAAUUAGUGAUCAAUUCGAACGCACCCGAGCAGCGCGAGAGGCCCAAACCUCCCGCGCCUGUUCCAUUCGAUACACCGACUUCUGCUCACAAAAGCGGUGUUCUUCUGUUGAGUUCUCGAGAGACAAAGUCAGUUGGAACUACUAACAUAGCUGACAGGCGUAAACAAGUGAGACGAAGUAGCGUGUCUUACUUAAGAGAGUUAUCGGGAUACAGAGCUUCGAACAUGUCGACAAGUGUCAAUUGAAUGUAUCUGUGUUGCUUGAUAACAUUUCGAUAAGAGUACACAGGUGUGAAAGAUAUGAUUGUAUGGUAUUCGAAAACACUUUGAGAGGGUGUUGUUAUACCCUCUUCAUGGUUUGAGAGGGGCCGGCAGUAUGGGAGAUUACGUUGUAGAGACGGGAAAGACGCUAUAUUCAUUGAAUAAUGAAGAUGUGUUUGUAAGUGGCAUAAUCACUUCGAAAACUGUCGCAAACAUGUCCAAUACACGACACAACGACACAGAGUUUGAUUCUGGAGCCGGAAACGAGACAUUUUCGGAAGGCAUACCAAUGUCGGACAGUACUCUUACUGGGCUGGCAAUCCUCUACACUCUAACAACCGUCUUCUCUAUCACCGGCAAUGUGUUUGUUGUUCUUGUAUUUGUCCGGGGCCGGCGAUCCCGUACGGACCUUCGGCCAUUUUUGAUUAACCUCGCAGCAGCAGACCUUAUGAUGGCCCUAUUUUGCAUGCCUUUCACCUUUGCCGAUGUGAUACUGGGGCGAUGGCUAUUUCCGGAAGUGCUUUGUCCCCUCGUUUUAUUUGUCCAGAUUUUUUCUGUUGGGGCCAGUGUUUUCACAAAUAUGGCGAUAGGAAUAGAUCGCUUUCUUGCCGUAACAUUUCCGUUACGGUCACGAUUGACACAUGCACGUGCAAAAUACGUUAUAAUCGUUAUUUGGAUCAGUGCUUUCAUUUUAGGGUCUGUCAUGUUUUUUGUGGGACGUGCAACUGAAACUUCCGGAUACGGAAACGGAACUCAGAAAUGUUUAGAGAAUUGGCCUGGUGACGAAGCGAGACGAAUUUUUACAAUUAUUAUAUUUGUUGUGACAUAUCUAGUACCUUUGCUUAUUUUAGCCAUUACUUAUUCUAUUGUGGGGAUAAUACUAUGGAAACGAACGGCCCCCGGAAAUAAGGACCACAUACGGGACAUGCAUAGACUGCGCUCCAAAAUAAAGAUCGUCAAGAUGCUGGUGAUCGUGGUGGCUGUGUUUGGGAUAUGCUGGCUCCCGAUCCAUGUCUUUGCCAUCGUCAUGGAUUUCUACCCUAGUGUCUUUGAACAAGGGGACCACAUGUUGACCAUGGCCGUAUUCCUUUGUGUCCAUUGGCUUGCUAUGUCCAACAGUUUCGCUAAUCCAGUCAUAUAUGGAUUUACUAAUGAGAGUUUUAGGGCCGACCUAGCGACAUUGUUUUAUAUGUGGAUGCCGUGCUGUGGAUGUCUAAAACACGCCAUGCCUCGACUCAGCAGCUCGUGUACGAAUGAAACAGUCAUUCUCCGACGUCAGAGUACAGUCCUCAACAGUAAACUGAACGCAAAUUCGUGUCGAUUGUCGUCUACCUCAAAAACACGCUUGCAACAAUUUGCUCAAACAACAUAUGAUAAUAAGCGUUACCUUGAACCUGUCCAAAGCAGCAGAGAAUGUUCGGGAUGCUCUGGCGGUUCCUCUGAUGAAUGAACUUCAGAACUUUAUGACUUGCAAUUGGUUUUAACUUUGGAAUAGGGAGUAGUCCUUAGCAAUAUAUGACCCUUACAACCUUUCUUUGGAGAUGUUUACGAGAAGUUAAAAACAAGCUGCUGGACCUUACAAGUAAAUGAAACAGACGGCCACGGAUACAGUGAUCCACAUUAGCUAGCCAUACAGAACCUAUACCACUCGACAGACCAAGGUCAAGGUCCCGCAUUACAUCACAUUUGUUUAUAUUUAUCCAGUCCCGCCCUGUUCCUUUCACCUCGGUCUGCCCCGGGGAACGAGAUUCACGUCAGAUCGGCGAGAACUGCCGGACGAAGGCCAUCGUCUUCGAUACCUCCUAACCUUUGGAGAGGUUUGGUUAUAAUGAUGGAUAUAUCUAACGUCAUAAACGAGCUGUUUAAGCUCGAAACAAAAUUAAUCAUAGUCAUUAUUACUUUUCAUUUUGUCGAUACAUUUUUGCGAAUUUGUUGGUCGGUAGCCCAUCAUCCAUGAUUAAUUUCUGACGAAACUGUAGCAGCCAUAACUGAUGUAUAUUGGCCAUUGUUGUAAGAUUGUGUAUCGAUCCCCAGGGGUACUGCUGUCUACCAAACCAGGGAUUCAUAUGAGUCGUAUGAACAACGAGGAGUAAUCCAUCACCACGUCAUAAGUAUAGACAUGACAGCACUAUAUCUAUCUAGGCCUUGGAUCUCCCGCCAUGAUGAAAUAACGACCCAUCCAACACCAGCGUAGGCCGUUAACGAGCACUGUUCCCCGGGUGAUUUGACCCUAUGUCAAUCCGCGUGUAAAAGUAGUCCCCGAUCGUUAGUAAAUCUUUUAUUAAUUACGUGGUCCUAGGGAUAUAAUAUAGGCCACACGAGAUUGUUGCCUGCCUAUGAAGUGAUUUUGAAGUUACCGAUGACAAUCUUAACAGAUGAAAUUGUUAGAUGUCAAACUUCGGUUUUGAAGCAUGUCGACGACUGAUGGCAGACAUUUUGUACAAUCACAUCCAGAAUCAACAUUUUGUUCUUGAAAAAUAUUAUGAAAUAAAAUUGUGAUUGUACAGUA